ACACACCUCCUCCCCAUGUCCACUUCGUCGGGCAGCUCCCCCGAGGGGAUGCCUGUCGCCGAGUCUAUCCUCAACCGCAUUCACGAACUCUACACCAGCGACAAUGGACUGUUGAGCAUCGCACGUGAGGCCGGAUCACGGCUCCUUCCGCCGUCGCGCAAGGUUACUGUCGCCCUGAUGGGCAACCACUCGUCGGGCAAGUCUUCGUUCAUCAACUGGUACGUGGGGCAAGAGGUGCUCAAGACCUCGGUGGCCAUCGAGACGCAGGGCGUCAACUUUGUCACCGCCGGCCACAGGCGCGAUGUCAUGCACGGGCCGGCGACGCUCAAGCUGUUCCAGCGCUUCCGUGGCUUGGAUCAGUUUGAUGGCCUCCUCCCGCACGUCGAGACCCAUGUGGUCCCGUCGGACGCCAACGCCUUUCCGCUCCUCACCCUCAUCGACACUCCAGGCCUUGUCGACGGCAACAUGGCCUAUCCGUUUGACGUCUCGCGAGUCCUUGAGUGGCUGGCAGCACGCGUCGACAUGGUCUUUAUCUUCUUUGACCCGCUCGGCCAGGCUCUCUGCAGCCGCACCAUGUCGCUGAUUAAGGCGCUCGACGCCCGCCACGCCGACAAGAUCCGCUACGUCGCAUCCAAGAUGGACACCGUCGCUACCGAGGCCGACCGCUCGCGAGUUCUCAUCCAGAUCACCCAGAACCUCAUGUCGCACAUCUCGGCAAAGACCGCCCUCCGCCUCCCGUCCAUCCACAUCCCGGUCGACGGUGAGACUCGCGACGCGCCACUUCACGCUAACUCUAUCUGGGAGCUUACUGACGAGAUCGACGACCGCAUCUCGGCCACUGUCCAGAACACCAUCCGCCAGCUCAAGACAGACUCGCGCACCCUCUACGACCGCCUCCUCGCCAUCCGCGACCGUGACCACGCCGCCAUCACCGCCAACUGGAACGCAUGGAUUCGGAGCGGGUUCCUUCGCUUCUUCGCCUUUCUCCUCUCCGCUCUCGCCUCGCUCUUUGUCGCACACUCGCUCCGCCUCUUCCGCCUCGCCCUAGCUGCGAUUCCGCUCUCGCCGUCGCUCUAUCACACCGCUCGCGAUGGCAUCGACCUCCUUGACUCUGUCCUCCCGUACAUCCUCCCCUCCGGUACCUCGUUCCUCUACCUUGUCCUUGGCCUCUACGCUGCUGCUGCGCUCCUCGUCCUAUUUACUCGCUGGGCGUACACCUCGCGCCAGCCGACGCUCCCCGUCCACAAAAUCGCCACCAUCACCGCUGGCAUCAACUUUCUUCGCACCCGCUGCCUCCCGCUGCCGGAGCAGCUGUACAACGAGUAUUUUGCCGACUCGGUCGAUAGGUCCAAUCUGUAGACGGAAGCUUCCGCUCACACCACGCCUGCCAUCUGCGCAUGCUGCCAGAGCUACCAUCCAACAAUGCUCAGCUGGGCCGCAAAAAAAAGUGGCACCGGAUGAGCACGGCUGCGCUCGACGUCGACACACUGUGGACCGCCAUCUGCCCCAGCCGCGCUGCCACCCACGUCAGCGCCAGACCAUCGGUCACCUCUGCAUGCACUCCCGUCGCCAGUGCAAAGAGCAUGGUCCCACAAACAAGCGGAAAGUUCUCCACCGCUUUGGUAUACACGCGCGACUUCCGUCCCGCCAUGUCAGAUCCAUCGAUGUUAGCCCCUUACAGUACAGAAUGGACCACAA